AUGGCAUCAAAUUUCACUCAUCAAAUAUUUGAUCGCCUUCCAUAUGAACGGCAACAAGAGUUGCUAGAAAGAGGCAAACAACAAGCGCGACAACGACAACUUUUGGAAGAACAAAUUCGAGAAAAUCAACAAAGAAAAGCUCUUGAGCAAGUUAGAACAAAAUCAAAUUGGGAACCUUUCAAUAUGCCUAACCAGCGUCCAAAUCAAAGACAAUUUGCAAAUUCAAAUGGAAUUUUAUCUCCAAAUAUCUACGCAAAUACCUUUAAAGCUAAUGAAAUUAGACCUAUUAUAUCAUACUUUUCUCCUUUGCAGACAAGAAACCACAAUUUUACUUUAUCUCACAAUCCUAGAACAAUCAGUACAAAAUUCUCUUCUCUGCGCAACCAACUACGUCAUUCAAUGCCAGCUUCUAAGAUUAAUUCACCAAGAGAUUUUUAUUAA